AUGAACCGUGGUAGGGCAGCGGCCCGGGGCAGUCGGAGAGGUGCGGCCGCUGCAAGUUCACGGGCAGCCGGUGAAAACAACGCCGCCUCUUCUACUCCAGACGUUACAGAUACUCCGGGCAGUGCCACUCCAGUACCUCAGAGUAUAGCGACCACAUCAACCCGCGGGGGGACUACCACUCGGGCGACAAGAGCCCCUGCAGCUGGUCGCUUCCGACCCAAGAACAUUCGCCGAGAUGAAGCAGAACGAGACAGUCUUGCCCGACAGGAGGAGCAGAAAGCCAGCGAGAGAGCAGCAGAUGAGCGCAAGGCGAGAGGGCGCUCACGUUUCAGGAGUAAAAGGAGCCGUGGUGAUGCCAUGGGUAGAGGCGGUUUUGGUCGAGUCAUUUCGGGAGCCAGUGGUCCAUUUUCCUCUGGUGCAGCAGGUUCCGGUGGGCGUGGAAGCAGUGGUUGGUGA